AUGCUCUUCCUGCAGUGCAAAAUCAACGUGUGUUAUCAGGAGGAGCUAGAGCAAAUGAUGACAAAGGCUGAUAAUGAGAAUCGGGACCACAAGGAGAAGCUGGAGAGGCUGAACCACCUCCUAGACCUCAAGAACUGCCGGAUAAAGCAGCUGGAAGGUAUUUUAAGAAGCCACGGCCUUCCAGCAUCUGGUGAGUUCAAUCUCACGGAUUCUUCAGAGAAGUCCAGCGGAUCCAUCCAAGUGCAACUAGACUGGAUGUCUGAGUACCUGCCCCCAGAGGUCCUGAAACCAGAAGCUGGGAUGGAGGACAAGGGCAACAAAGAUAGCUUGGAGGCCUCCAUCACAGAAGACCCGGCUCCUUCUCUUCCCCAGAUGGCAUCUAUGGAGACUCCUAUCGAGGCUAGCCAAUAUCAAGCGAAGAGAAAAUCUCCUCCCACAGCAGAAAGGAAGGCUAAAGAACACCAGAUUGCAUGCUACUCAAGAAGAAAGCACAGCAAAAGAACAGGUGUCCAAGGCAAGAACCGAAUGGAAUAUCUGAGCCAUAACAUCUUGGAUGGGAAUAUACUGCAGCAGAUGCGCUACACUGAACAGAAGUUCUCCGGGCUCAAGAUGUCUGAGGAUGAUGGCUUUAAAAUUCAGGACAAGGAAGAGAAAAUGCCGCCGUCUCAUUCCGCUUCAAGACAGGAGCCCCCCUCACCUCCUGUAAAUGCAGAUCAAGAAUCCUCUGGAGAAGCUUCUGAAGAGAGUGAAGCCCAGACUCUCGACAGCGAUGACAUCAUAGUGACGCCCCAGUUUCAGUCGUGUCCCAAAGCCGAUUCAGAGAAGAUGUGCAUUGAGAUUGUCUCCCUGGCCUUCUGCCCAGAGGCUGAAGUCAUGUCUGAUGAGAACAUACAACAGGUGUAUGUGGAGUACAAGUUCUAUGAUCUGCCGCUCUCAGAGACAGAGACUCCGGUGUCCCUGAGGAAACCCAGAGCAGGAGAGGAAAUCCACUUCCACUUUAACAAGGUGAUAGACCUGGAUCCAGUGGAGCAACAGGGCAGAAGGCAGUUUCUGUUUGCCAUGCUGCACGCUCAAGAUCCUGAAGAGGGACGUUUGAAGUUUACAGUGGUAAGUGAUCCUCUGGAUGAAGAAAAGAAAGAAUGUCAAGAUGUAGGCUAUGCGUACCUUGAACUGUGGCAGGUACUUCAAUCUGGAAGUGAUAUCUUAGAGCAAGAACUAGAGAUUGUGAGCCCUGGAGACCAGGCCAUCCAAAUCGGAAGGCUGAAAGUUUCCCUUCGUGCAGCUGCUGCCCUCCAUAACAUUUACAAGGAAAUGACUGAAGAUUUGUUUUCAUGA